UACGUCGCGUCUGCGGGCGGAGGAAGCUGGAAAAGGCGGAAGUGAGCUGGAAGAGAGUUGUUAUCUAACAGCCGGACGUUUCAGGACUUCUCCUCUCCUUCAUACAAAAUGCCCGAAGAUUCAAAACCGAGGGUCCAGGCAUGGAACACCAGUGCUGGAGAUGGGCUGGAGGGCUUCAAAGCCCACGCUGUUUUCCAGGAGAUUAGCAAGAAGCUACAGGAGGAUGGGGAGCAGUUUGUGAAGAAAAUCGGUGGAGUUUUUGCUUUCAAAGUGAGGGACGGCCCGAACGGACAGGAGGCCACCUGGUUUGUGGACGUGAAGAACGGCAGAGGCAGCGUUCACACGGACACGGAUAAGAAGGCUGACUGCACCAUCGCCAUGUCUGACGCCGAUCUGCUGGCUUUGAUGACGGGGAAAAUGAACCCCCAGACUGCGUUCUUCCAGGGCAAACUGAAGAUUACUGGAAACAUGGGGCUUGCCAUGAAGCUGCAGACCCUGCAGCUGCAACCAGGCAAAGCCAAGCUGUAGAGGAGAAGCAGGCUCUUCUGAGCGAGGCGGGGGCCACCCAGCUGGUCCAACCAGAGGGUAUUGAAGGACAGAUGAUUGAUUUCCUGAUUGAGCGUCCUCUGACUCUCUCAUGAUUGUGGUGACAGCCUGCUAGGAUUGGGACUGUGGUACUAACCUCUGUGAGCACUUCUCCACGAAGAAGACUCCCUUCUGUUGGGAGCGUCUGCACUGCGUCUUCAUCCGCCUGAUAGUCUAAGUGCCUCCUGGUGUCAGACUGGUGGUCCUGUUCACGGUUGUAACCCACUGCUGCUUUCUCUGUUGUGAUCUUGAACUGAUUUUUACUAAAUAAACUAGUCUUUCUCUGUU